AGGAAACAAUGAGUUCAACACAACAGGACCAACAUGGAGCGAGAAGUCACCUCGCUCAGGAGGCUGACAAACCUCUCAGAAGGAAGGGAGGAAAAAAAUACACCUGUGAUCAGUGUGGGAACCAUUUUACCAGCAAGAUUUCAUUACAAAGGCAUCAAGUGAUCCACACUGGAGAGAAACCUUUCAGCUGUGACUUGUGUGGAAAGUCUUUUACUAGGGCUGGAAGCUUGAAACCACAUCAACUCAUCCACAGUGGAGAGAAACCUUACAGCUGUGAUCAGUGUGGCAGAUGUUUCACGCACAGUAGCAACUUACGGCUUCAUCAAGUUACCCACUCUGGAAUUAAGGCAUACAGCUGUAACUACUGUGGAAAAACUUUCAGCCAGCCAGGGAACAGAAAUAGACACCGGCGCAUUCACACUGGACAGGAUGUGUACUGCUGUGAUCAGUGUGGCAAAAUGUGUGCAACAGACUCAGAUUUACAACGCCAUAUGCUUACCCACACUGAGGAGAGACCUUAUCAAUGUGACCUGUGCGAUAAGACUUUUAAGGCUCCAAAUUACUUGAAAGCACAUCAACAGAGCCACAGCAGAAAGAGACUCUACAAGUGCAGUUACUGUGAGAAGCAGAGUAACACAGAUGGAUCCAGUUCUCAACCCUGUCAUCGCUGUAGUGGUGGGAAAGCAUUUCUCUGUGACUUUUGUGGGAAAACUUUCAGUCAUCAGGAAAACCUAAAAGUACAUCUGCGUAGACACACUGGACACAAACUGAACUACUGUAAAGAAUGUGGGAGAAGCUUCCCCACAACAAGUGAAUUAAAACAGCAUGAACUCUUCCACAGUGGGGUUAAAAAGCACCUCUGUGACCAGUGUGGGUCAUCGUUCACCACUGCAGGUGACCUUAAAAGGCAUAAACGAAUCCACACAGGAGAGAAACCAUACAAGUGCAGACACUGUGACAAAAGCUUCUCCUGUUCAGGUAGUCGUAACCUUCAUGAAAGUACACACAUUAAAGGGAACUACAACUGUGACCAGUGUGACAAGAGCUUCGGGAAUCUCCGUUCAUACUCUAAACACAAACGAUCCCACGCUACAAAGAAACUGUUACGCUGUUACCAAUGUGCAAAAACAUUCACUUCAUUAUCUGCUCUGUCCAAACAUCAUCGUGAUCAUGCAGAGCUGAAAUCAUUAACAUCAGUGGAUCACAAUGAAUCUGCAGAGGCACGGUUACCAUAUUUCCACUGACAAGGUGCUGGUGUCCUCAUUUGGAAACAGAAGCCAAAGGGCAAAAUUAUGGCAGAACACGGCCCCCUUUUGAAAACCUAAUUUCUUGUGCUGCAAACAUAUUUUAUGAUCCAAACAAAACUACUGCAACAUUUGUGUGAGGCACAAGUUAUAUUAAGACAGCAAUUACAAGCAACACGGCAAGGACACACUUUGCUUGCUUUUAUUUGUUAUUAACUGAUACAGCAGGAAGCUUUCUGAACCUACUUCAAGCCUGUGAAAAUCGUAUUGCUUUUUUUGUGUAAUACGCACCUUGUGCUGGAAAGUAUUACGUUACGAUGGAAGACCACGUCCUUCUGCACAUUCUGGGUUACAGAUCAGCUAGUUUACGGUGCUGGAACGGAACCUGUUUUUGAGCUGAGCACGAGUUAUCUUGCGGUGGAAAAACACUUAACAGUUCGAGCACUUGGCAUCGGCACCCAGUCAGUGGAAAAGGUGCAAAUGAUCCUCUUCUGGUUGCAGGUUCAAACUGUGAGAUCUGGCUCCACAGAAUUCCAAUGGAAUCUCCUACAAAGCGUGUCAGUUAAUGUCACACUUGGAUCUGAUGAGGUAGCUCUGAUUUCUGGACUGGCAGUGAAUAAUCCUUAAUCUCACAUUUAGUAAGCUGGACAUGUGGAUAUUACACACACACACGCACAUCAAGGUUUUUAAUUUUUAUUUGCUCUAAAACGUUAUCCCGGGUUUCCCAGUUAAAUUUCAAUGCUUCCACAAACAGUAGUUCUUGUAUUAUAGAAAUGUCUCUUAUAUCUGACUGAUACUGCAGCAAAACUUUAUCUUUAAGAAGUACUUAAAGGUUGGUCCAGUCAGUGCAGCACUCUGUGUUUAAUAAGCAGUAGCCAUUAAUAACUACAGACAUCGUGUCUCAUUAGAAUUUAAUUAUUAAAUAAGUUCUCACUGGUGACCUGGUCUGUGGUUAUGAAUAUUAGAAGGCCAUUAAUAGCCAUUUGUACCAAGUCAGAGUUGUUACUGUUCAACUCUGACUUGGUACAAAUGUUACUUUGUACCAAGUAAUA